AGGUCGGUCCUGUACAUCGACCGCAAAAAAAGAGAAUUUUUUUUUGACGUUUGUAUAUACAAUUUUUGUUAUGUCAGUGUUUUAAUAGGAAUCAUCUACGUAUUUUUUUUUAUAAUCGGGAACAAUACAAAUAUUUUUAUUAGGAUUUCAAGAAAAUGAGAGUAUAUUAAAUAUCUAGCAAAUCAUUAUAUUUACUGUUGAUUUUAAUGAAAUUAUAGUACUUGAAUGAAAAUUAUAACGACUUUGGAGGAUGGAAAGUUUUUUAGUGAACACACAAGCGGUAUCAAGGAUUAGCACGAAAGAAGAUAUACCGAUAGAAGUCUUACAUAAGAAAAUAACGGCUGGUUUAAAUAACUAUUGUCGUUUUCUCACUAAAACUCCGAAAUUUUCUACCAAAACUACAAACCAUUGGAAUUACGAUGGUCCGCAAAUAUUUAGUGCAAAUUCGGCAUCUAUAGAGAAACUUCCAAAUUAUUACAGCCCAAUGUUUAAUGGUCCACGAAUAACAAUCGACAUCGUUAAACAAUCACAAACAAUACCAUCUAAGGUUUCUCUCAGUAAUGUCAGUAAUUAUAUGGGCUACGAAAGUAACAAAAAGAAUGUGAAAUGCUUUUUUGAUGGUACUUGUUACGCUGGAGAGUGGAAUGCGUUGGGUUUUGCAGGAAAGGGAAUUUACAAAUAUCCUCAUGGUGUAAUAUACGAUGGACAAUUCAACCAGAAUGGCCAGUUUCAUGGACACGGCACAUUAAUAUAUCCCAAUGGACAUAGAAUUGAAGGAACUUGGGACAAAGGAAAGUUGUCUGAAGAUGUAGUAUAUUCGAACAAACCAGAUACACAUACAGAGGAACAUCGUUUGCCGGACCGAAGGUAUCCUCUAGAGGUGGAUACUCAUUUAGGAGCACCUGGAGCCGAACAUGUAACUAGUGAAUAUCCAGCUAAACCGUUAGCAGACGGUUGCUUUGAUGUUGGUGAUGGUGUGUACAUUAAAAGCAAAAGCUGCACCAUGCAUCACCAGUCACUUGGAAAAAAAGUGACGAUAAAAACUCCAGUUUGCGCGAGUGACGAAGAAGCAUACAGCCCACUUUACGAUGCUGUGGUAGAUGAUGAAUCGCUCCGACUUCUAGAUUCAUUAAAAUGUAAACCUGAGCACUGCUUCUUUUUGAACGAGUGCAUUGAUAUGGCAACACUGGCAGCUGGAGAAGCAGACAUUAAAGAUAUACCAGAUUCUAAGAAAGAAGAGUGGAUAAAGAAAUAUUGCCGAUCUGGAGCAGACAAUGCUAUCGGAUUUGCUCCAGAACUUUACGAAGUAUUUACAACAGGUGCUAAAGAAGAGUUGGAAGAAAUUCAAAAUCGAAGAAUUCGCAAUACGUAUUACGUUGAGGAUUUAUUAGAAAAAUCAGACGAAUAUAUAGCUAAUACUCCGAUGAUGUUUGCAGUACAAUAUCCUGAAAAACCGAAAUUAGGUCGAAGAAAAACAGUAUCAGAAGAUAAUAAACUUGCAAAAAAAUUAUCUGUGAAACCCAAGAAAGGCUAAGAUUCUUCAUUUCAUAGGGUAAUAUCUCAAGGGAUAAGCAAUUAUAAUCCAGCAAAUAUUAAAUGAAAUUAUUUAGUUGUGGAGGAGUUACUCUAUAAUUGCUAUUAUUUGGUGGGCCGUUGCUGCCCAAUUCAAGUAUUGUCGAACGAAUGAUUUUGAGUAAAUUUAGUAUUUGGUAAAGCGUGACUCCUCAUGACUAAUUUUAUUAUCUGUUUGACGGGCUGCAGAUCCUAAUUUAAUUUUAAAUUCAAGACCUUUUUUACAAUUGACUUACGAUUAUAACGCUCAAGUUUUUGUUUGUAGUAAAUUCAGAUUAAAAUAAAAAAUAAAUUGAAUUUAGGCGCCUUAAAAUCAAUAUUAAAAAAAUUACAAACAUCUUGUAGAUAUCUUAAAUAAUAAAUCACGAAAAUAAG